UGUUUCUUAUUUUUAUUUUAAUAUUCACUUUUGCACCCAGUCCAGUUUGGAAUUUCGGCUCCUGCUCCACGUUCGGUUGCCGAUUCACUCCCGUCGCAUCGCCCUUUUUUUUUCCUAAUCCAAAGCUCUCCACCCUGCGAAGUUCUGGUCCUCCACAGGCGACGGCUGGACGGGCGGACCGAUGGACGAGCGCGAGUUCCGGCGCCUUCUUGACCUCUUCCCCGUCGUCCGAUCUCGAAAUUACUGCGCUGACUCUGAACCAUCAAGAGGAUCUACUUCACAUUCACCACAGGAUGAGGUAGCUGACUGGAGAAAUGCCAGGAAUGAGAUGGAUGAGAAAGAUGUUUCAGAAGGAACUUAUAAUGAAGGUGUCAUGAUGAAUACUUUUUGGCAAAAACUGAGGUUGGCUGCUGAAAGAAAGGUGGGACCAGGAAAUGCAGAGCAUUUCUGCAAGGCCUUUCAAAGGGCUCAUGAGAAACUUGUAUAUGAAGAAUUAAGUUUCGAUGUUGCUCAAAGAUUCAUGAAUGCUGAGGGUAAAUGAUCUGGUACAUGUUGGUAUACUUCAAAUGAAGAGACUGCAUCUCUCUUCAUGACAUCCUCUGCUCUCUGGGUAAGAAAUUCAGUGUUGAAAGAAAAGGAAAUUGACUGUAGAAGCUUUAUGAUGGUAGCUAUCACAUUGACUAGAAUGCUUCUGUAGUAUUCUUCAUUGACCAAUACCUGUUUGUUGUAUGGUAAGACUUGUAUAGUUAAGCAGUACUGCCAAUUCCAUGUUUUAAUACCGCUAUAUCAGAUAAAUUGAAAGUCAUAGUUUUGUCAGGACAAGCCUUGGUCGGUCCAAGGGUAUCCUCCCCUAAAUGAUGUCAUCUAUGGUAACAUGUGAAUUCCAGCGUUAUGACUGAUAAAACUUGUCCAAGUUUAUGUGAGAAAUGCUCAGGCUGCUCAUAUUAAUAUGGCAGUAAUGUUGAAUCA